AUGACAUCCCCAUUCACUUUCAGCCCUCCUCAUCCUAUUGCUCCUGGUCUCACUAGACCAAACCGCAUUGGUCGCAGCGGUUACCGGAGCCUGACGCCUGCUGCCCGGGCGUUGGUUGGAUGUCUCCCGUCCAACGCUUCCCGCACCGGCGGUGACCUGAGUGGCAAGGUUUCGAUGCAUGGAGUGGACAGGCUGCUUCAAGGAUCUUCCCGGCCGAAUCGGGGUGGUCCAAGAACUGAAUCAAGGGGCAAGGCUGGAUCCGACUGGGGAGACGCAAGUCAAGCCCGGGUGAAGAUGCUGCAGUCUUUCACGAUCAGACAUGAGACAAGUGACCCAAAGGGGGCAAUAUUCCAGGCUACUGCAGGGCUGACCGAAGAAGAGGAUGAUGAUGAUGGUGAUGACAAUGCCAUUUGCAUUUCAGGGCGAUGCAGGGCGGAUGGUCCACCAUCAACUCUUUUUAUUUCCCAUCAGCAAUUGGACAGGGACUUUGUUGUUGUUGUGGCUGCCCUGAGAUCUGGCGGUGUAACCCUGUCCGCCAAGCGUGACGUACUCGAGUGUAUUGGAAUGAGGGCGCGGAUGAAGAGAAAAGAGGAGGGAUGA